UCCGGCCGUACAUGCAGAGCCUGUGGGUUUUGCUCUCUCUGCAGAAAACACCUCCAGGAGAUCCCAUCUUCCAGCAGCAAUAUUUCUACUAGCUUCACCUUGGACCCAGACUCCAGCAAGCCCUCAGAGUUUGUUUCUGGCGUGGGAGUGUCAGCUGGCAACAGUGACAAUGCAGACAGUGAAAACACGCCGCAGGACCUCCUAGCAGCAUCGCCUAGUCAUCUUGUGAAACGGCAGAAGGUGCAGGAUGUUACCAUAGUGUGCCGGCCUCAGCUACUCAGCGAUGCAGACUCAGAUGUUUCUUGGGAUCUACUUCCAGAUGAACUGCUUUUAGCAGUCUUUGUCUGUUUGCCCCUAAAUGACUUGCUAAACGUUUCCGUGGUUUGUAAGAGAUGGCAUCGUAUUGCGUUUGAUGAGUGUCUCUGGGAGACCCUUGAUCUGACUGGUAAAAAUCUGCUGCCAGGAGCAGUUGGACAGGUGUUGCCUGCAGGUGUUACUGUAUUUCGCUGCCCAAGAUCUUCUAUUGGGAAUCCAAUGUUUAAAACAAGCAAACCUCUCAAAAUUCAACAUAUGGAUUUGUCGAACUGUAUAGUGUCUGUUGCAGAUCUCCACAGUAUUCUUUGUCUGUGUGAAAGCCUGCAGAGCCUCAGCGUGGAGGGACUAGUGCUUUCUGACGACAUCAUCAAGAGCAUUGCAAAGAAUCAUGGUUUGAUACGACUAAAUCUCUGUGGGUGCUCAGGGUUUUCUCCAGAUGCCUUGGGGCUGAUGUUGAGCAGCCUUUGUAGGUUGGAGGAGCUGAACUUGUCCUGGUGUGACUUCACAUUCGCGCAUGUCAGCAUAGCAGUUAAUCAUAUUACUCCAAAAGUAACCCAUUUAAAUCUCAGUGGAUACAGACAAAGGCUAGAAGUACCAGAUAUAAGACGACUGGUGGAAAGAUGUCGUUUACUUGUCCAUUUAGAUCUAAG